AUGCCUGAACCCGCCAAGUCCGCGCCCAAGAAGGGCUCCAAGAAAGCCGUGACCAAGACCGCCGGGAAAGGCGGCAAGAAGAGGAGAAAGAGCAGGAAGGAGAGCUACGCCAUCUACGUGUACAAGGUGCUGAAGCAGGUCCACCCCGACACCGGCAUCUCCUCCAAGGCCAUGGGCAUCAUGAACUCGUUCGUCAACGACAUCUUUGAGCGCAUCGGCUCCGAAGCGUCUCGUCUGGCUCACUACAACAAACGCUCCACCAUCACCUCCAGGGAGAUCCAGACCGCCGUGCGCCUCCUGCUGCCCGGGGAGCUGGCCAAGCACGCCGUGUCCGAGGGAACCAAGGCCGUCACCAAGUACACCAGCUCCAAGUAGACCAACACCCAAUACAAACCAACGGCUCUUUUCAGAGCCACACACACAAUCUGGAGAGCUUGUGAUUUAUUCAGUUUGUCAACAAUUACUAAAGGAUAAUGAUUGUGGUGUCUUAAAGCAGCACAACGGAACUUUCAGCUUUGUUGAGUUUGGCGCCUCCUUUGGACAAAAAUCGGUAGUGCUUUACCAGAAAGAACACUCCAUUUCCCAUGAGCACCAGCGCGUACUGCCGGAAAACCCCCGUCCCCGCCGCUGCAUUUGUUUUGAUGAGAGAAGACGGGACGGACUUUCAAAAAUACUUUUCUGUUUUCAGCGGUCGUUUGCAGGAUGGAUAAUGAAGAGGAAUCUGCUGUUCGUGAGAACACCUCUACCUCUGCAUCAUCAGAGUUUGAACCCCCACAAAGACAGAACCGACACGCAGCAUAUAUAUCAUAUAUAUAUGCAUAUAUAUAUACAUAUCGCCAGUGCUCUGGCAGCAUGAUGUUUGGAAAAUAAGAGACACCUUUCCAGACCCAAUGGGACAGUACACUGGUUUCAGGGCUCCCUGUCUUCUCUAGAAUGGAACCUUUAUGAGGAUUACUGCAAAUAUUUUGAUAUUGUUUUUUUUUUGUUUUGUUCCAUUUUUUCCUGUACAGUUGUCUUUGUGUGUUUAAAAUAAAGACAUUUGUGCAAAACAAGACAUACUUUUAUUUACACACCUUUCAGAAAAUAGAACAUUCUUGAACUUUGUCAUUUGCAUAGUGACAGCAGUUAUCCCAUACAUACUUAUUAUAAACAAUAAGUAAUCUGUAUCACAGUAGCAGUAAUGAACAACUGUA